AUGGGGAACGAAGCUGAAGCUAUGAGGGCACCCGCCGACCCUGAGAGUCAGGCGAAAAGCGAAGCGCCCGCUGGUUCCAAGACGGUACAGGACCAGCCCCCAUCAUUCCCAUCAUCGACAAACAUCGCUGUCGACGAUGAUGAAGCUGAGUUGAUUAACUUCAAAACACUGAACUGGCUUCAAGGAGGAAUUGUUCUCGUGGCAGAGACGGUGUCUCUGGGAAUCCUUUCCCUCCCAUCGGUGCUCGCUACUGUCGGUCUUGUACCAGGCGUCAUCCUCAUUUGCACGAUCAGUGCGCUGGCUACCUACUCUGGCCUCCUUCUCGCAGAGUUCAGGAAACAGUACCCGUUCGUCCAGAACUUCGGCGACGCGGUCGAGCUCAUUGGAAAGCCAAUUGGGAUGGGCGGUGUCUUCCGGGAAGUUUUUGGGUGGGCUCAGACGAUCCUCCAAAUCUUCCUCAUGGGCGGCCACAUUCUCUUGUGGACUAUUUGCAUGAAUACUCUCACGAACAGCACAGUGUGCACUGUUGCCUGGGCGGCAAUUGGCAUGAUUGCCUUCUGGCUCUUCAAUAUCCCGAGGACGCUCAAGUACACAAGUUGGAUGUCUGCAGCUUCUUGCAUUUCCAUCGUCGUCGCUGUCCUCAUUACCGUCGUCGCAGUUGCCAUUGAGAAGCCUAUCGGUAGCGCAAGCAUCGACAUCUUCCGCAAACUCGGCUUCUCUCCCGCAUUCUUGGCUGUCACCAACAUUGCUGGAGCCUUCUCCAGCCAUUCGAUCUUCUUCACCGUCAUCGCCGAAUUCAAGAACCCUGACGACUGGCCGAAAGCUCUUGCUUUCUUGCAAAUCACGGACACCACUCUCUAUAUCAUCUCGGCUGUCAUCAUCUACGUUUACACCGGGCCCGACGUUCCCUCUCCGGCCCUGUCCGCUGCAGGAAGUGCUACGAUCCGCAAGGCGAUUUGGGGCGUAGCGAUUCCCACAAUUGCUAUUGCUGCCGUCAUCUAUGCGCAUGUUGCUUCGCAAUAUGUAUUCACCCGUAUUUUUGGCAACACCAAGCAUGCUGUCAGGAGGACUAAGCUAUCAACUGUUGCCUGGCUUGUCAUUACCUUGGCUAUAUGGGGAAUUGGCAUGGUCAUUUCCGAGUCUAUUCCGGUUUUCAACAAUCUCCUGGGCCUUGUGUCUGCUGCUUUUGCCAGCUGGUUUUCAUUUGGAUUGCCGGGUAUUUUCUGGCUAUGGAUGCACUACGGCAACUGGUUUUCAGACUGGAAGCAGAAGACUCGCUUUGCUUUUACGUCGCUUCUGCUGGUUGUAGGCGUCGUCAUGUGUGUGCUUGGUUUGUGGGUCUCGAUUGAGUCUAUCGCCAGCGCAUCAGGCUCAAAACCAUGGACUUGCGCCAGUAAUGCGGCGGAGUAA